GUUAAAGCACAAGAGACCAAAACUCUCCCUGCCACUCCUGUUAGCCCUUUAGCUUUGCCCGCCACUGACCUCACUGAAGAGAACGAUGCCGACGAUGAAGGAGAAAUUUGGUACAAUCCCAUCCCCGAAGAUGAUGAUCCUUAUAUCUGCCCCAAUCAAGCAUCCACUAAGAUGGUGCCUGAUCCAGGACAGGAGGUGCUUGAGGCACCGGGGAAAGCUGGAGGGGUUCUAAACACAGGGGACCCAUCACACAUGUCUCCUUCCACUGAGAGCAAUGCCGGAGAUUCCUUACAUUCCACAGACCAUGGCGUGCAGCUGUGCAAGCAGAGGGUCGUGUGCAAGACUGCCGAAGACACCACAAUCAGUCGGUCCCCUGAGCAUGGUCCAAGUGCCCCCAGUAGUCAAAAGGCCAGUUCAUCUGCCCCAGGCGAUUUCUCUCCACCUUGUAGCCCCAACCCAUCAAAGAAAGGAGGAAGCAUUAACUGGUCCCUCCCAGACAAAAUUAAAUCCCCACGGACUGUUCGUAAACUGUCUAUGAAGAUGAAAAAAAGCUACCGGAACUCAGCAGAAAGUUGAGUGUCAAAGGGACAUCGAGCCACAGUAACUCUGACCAGUUGUCUUCCACUUCCAAAGGAAACUGUCAGGAUGUAAGCCACGCACCAUCUUUGUCGUCUGCUGGGCCGGCAGCCUCUGCCGCCAGU